AUGACACAUACUCUAUAUGCUGUUUUCUUGCAGAUGAUAAAACUAACUCCAGGAGUGUGGUACUGGAAAGAUGAUACUAACACACUUGAAUUUGCAAGCUCCAAUCCAGCAGCUGAGGAAAACCUUAAGGAAGGAAAAAAUAUUCACUUUCAGGAAAUGCGUGUCAAGGCAUUAAAGAGCAUCUUCCAGGAUGAUUGCAGCGCAACACUCCCUGAAAGAAGGCUGGCUGACAGAGAAGGAAAACUGAAUAGGCUGUCAAAGUGGGUACAACAUGAAUAUGUGACAUUGGAUGAUGUCAAAUAUGCUGCAUUGCUUUUGAAAGAAGCAAAUGAGUCACAUCACAUGCUAUCAUUUGCAGCAGUUAUGAGGAAUGAGAAACUGGAUGAGUUCCUCAUGGCUCUGCUCUUCUACCUAUCUUUUUACCUGGAAAAAAUUGCCCUGGAAAAGAAAUGCAGAUCCUUGAUUUCGACUAUGAUAAUUUUAGAGAAGAAAGAUAUGGAUGAUGUGUUGGCAAAGUUAGCCGUGGCCAGGAUUCACCUUGCCAAGGUGUACUGUAAGCUUAUCCUUGGACGAGGAGGCAUGGCACAGCAGCACCACAUGCCCAGUGGAAAGAGAAAAACAUCACUGCAGAAAGAUUGGAGCUUCUUUGAGGGCUUCUACAACUUCUGCAGCUAUGUGGCUUGGCUUGUGUUCAGACGGAAGCACUUCCAAGUGAUUCGGGAAGAAAUCGGCAGGCUUCUUUGCUCCAACACGUUCAAUCCCGCCUUAAGAGACAGGAGCAAUGUUGACUUGCAGAAAGCAGGAGACUGGACUGCUGAUGCAAAUACAGUGCGAUUGCCCUAUCUGAGAAAAGUCCAUGCGAAGCUUCCUUCCAUAAACAGCAUGGUUCACCAGCGCUCGCCAGUGCUCAGCACACUGCUGCCCUUACCAAAGGACAGUGCUCAAUACCUCUCCCAGAACCACUUCUGUCGGGGCAGAGACCCUCAACCCUGCAGGUGUGACAGACUGCCAGACUUCUCACAAUUGUUCACCACCAAGGUGGGCAUCAUUGGAGCUCAUUGUAGUGAGUUAAAAUCUCUUAUGAGCAUGCCUGACGGGAUGAUGGAGGAGGAGGAAGAGGAAGAACAAGGAAGAAUAAUGAGUGGUUUCUCCAUCCUGACAAAUGACCUCAGUUUGCCACCUCUGAGAAGCCCCCAAAACAGGCUUAACAGUCAGAACACAGUGCUCUCAGGAGCAAUGGCAGAAGAUGACGGUAAUCAGAGCAACUAGCAGAAUUGGUACCUUCUCAGGUUGAGUGUCAUGGUUUCACAUUGCGAAGUAAAUCACUUGGAAAUUGCAGCUUAAGAAGCCUAACUCAUUUGUCAGAGGUGGGGUACUUCAGCACACAAGGGCCUAGACCUGGUGACUGCAGACCUGGACUGUAAUUCCUGGUUCUGUCACUAACUAUUUGUCCUUGAUCUUAAUGCCUUUACUCCACCAUUUCUGAGAAAAUUAUUUUACUGACUUAUUUUGGGAAGUGCUUUGACACCUGCAGAUGAAUAUGAUUCUCAAUUUUUAUGUCAACCCUCUUUUUCUAAAGGGUUAGCAAAGCAACCAGGAGACAUGACUUAUUACAGCCUAGAAGUUGCAGAAAUUUUGCUUUUAAGGGGAGUUACUCUGGAAUCUUUAAUAUAUUGUGUUUACUUCUUUUUUUAUUGCCAUCACCUCUCAUUUUGUUCUCAGAUAUAGCUAGCUUAAUUUAUUGUGAAAUAAGUUUAGCAAAGAGAAAUGCUGUUAUUUAAAAUAUGUACCAAGUCUUCAUUUCAUUUUAUCUAUUAAAUGAUAUAUAUAUAUUUGUAACAAUUUUACAUGAUUGGGAAA